UUUGUGGUACAAUUAUGCAUUUAAUUAGGAUAAUGAUUCAAAAACUGCCUAAAUUACAGAGGCUACUCCUAUUGGCUAUAGACCAUUUGAUUGAACCAAUAAAAAAGCACUUUAUGCAAAAACAAUUUAUUUAUAAUCAACAGGUUUUGAAAACAUGGAAGUAGAAUUAAGUUUUAAUUUAACCUCUACUGGACUGGAUUCGCACGUUAUCUUGGUUUCGUAAGUGAACAUUGUUGAAACGUUGAUAGCAUUAUCUCCUUAUUCAAAUGUAGCUGCCUUACUUAAGGAACACAAGUGAUGGCUCCAAAUUUAAGCAAGUACUUAACAAGAAAUAAUGCCCUGGCUGCCAGUAGCAUAGCGAUAACAUUAUGGUUAGUCUACAAACAAAAUCAUGCAACGAAAGCGAAAGCAAGCAACAAGUCGGUAGCGAAACGGGAGAAGGAAGAGAUUCAGUAUAUGAUCUCGGAGAAAGGUACACCGAGAAAAAAAAGAGCCCAAGUCGAUGCACUUUUCUUCCACCACCUUUGGCAGCUAUUAAAAAUUGGAGUUCCAGGAGUAUUUACAGUCGAAGUUGGUUACAUGAUAUUAGUCGCGCUGAGUCUAGUCGGCAGAACGGGCUGUGAUCUAUGGAUGAUUCAUAGUUUAUCAAAAAUUGAACAUGCCAUCGUGUGCAUGGAUAAAAGUCGAUUUAUGACCACACUGGCCGAAUAUGCAGUUUAUCUUCCAGUGAUAUCAGUGAUUAACAACAUGCUAAAGUUUACAGUUGGAGAACUGAAGAUUCGACUGAGGGCAAAUGUAACGCGUCGAUUAUACGACGAUUAUCUCAGAAAAUUCACUUACUAUCACAUGUCUAAUUUAGACAAUCGAGUAGCUAACGCAGAUCAGCUAUUAACAACCGAUAUUGACAAAUUUUGCGAGAGUGUAGCCGAGUUAUACUGCAACACGUCAAAACCGAUACUUGACAUCCUCCUGUAUAUUUUUAAACUUAAUACAAAUAUGGGAUUCGGUACCAUCGGACUGAUGUGCGGGUAUUUAAUAUUCGCCGGCGUUUUUUUGACUUAUCUAAGAAAACCAGUCAGUUAUUUUACGUCAAAUGAGCAAAAAUUAGAGGGCGAAUUUAGGCACGUAAACGCACGAAUUAUCACAUAUUCGGAAGAAAUCGCGUUUUAUCAUGGCAACGAAAAGGAGAAGUUAACCGUGCUCACCAGCUUCAACAAAUUAAUGGGGCACAUUAGGAAAUUUCUUCGGUUUCAAAUUGUGAUGGGAUUUGUCGAGAACAUAGUUGCAAAAUACUUCGCAAUCAGCGUUGGAUUUCUUUCAAUGUCCAUACCAUUCAUGUCCGACCGUGAAGAUCUACGUAGAUUGCACGUUGCUGAUAGAUCGAAGUUUUAUUACGAAAACGGUACAAUGAUCGUGCGACUCGGUCAGGCGAUCGGACGUCUUAUUCUGGCGGGACGCGAGUUGUCAAAAUUGGCUGGUUAUACCAGUCGCGUUACCGAACUGAGGAAAGUAAUUAACGACUUGAAUGAGGGCAAGUAUCAGAGGGAUAUGGUGCCUGGUUCGGAAUCGUUAAAACCGUACAGUGGGCACAUCAUCUUCCAAAAUAACACAAUUAAAUUCGAUCAAGUACCGGUGGUGACUCCAAACGGCGAUAUUCUCAUAAAAGAGCUGUCUGUGGAGAUAAAGUCUGGUAUGAACGUGUUAGUGUGCGGUCCGAACGGCGCGGGUAAAAGUUCCGUGUUUCGGAUUCUAGGAGAGCUUUGGCCCCUUUUCGGCGGCACAUUGACGAAACCACCCAGAGGCAAACUAUUUUACAUCCCUCAAAAGCCCUACAUGACGUUGGGUUCGUUGCGUGAUCAAAUUACGUAUCCCCACUGUGGAAGUGAGGCACUUAGGCGUGGAGUGACUGACGAGCAGCUUGAAAAUCACUUAAAAAUGGUGCAGCUGGAGUACUUGGUCGACAGAGAAGGUGGACUCGAUGCUGUUGCUGAUUGGUUGGAAAUCUUAAGUGGGGGAGAAAAGCAAAGAAUCGCAAUGGCCAGGCUAUUCUAUCAUGCUCCAGAAUUUGCCAUUUUAGACGAAUGUACGAGUGCAGUUUCCUUGGACGUCGAGGAGAGCAUGUACAGUUAUUGUAAAGAAGUUGGAAUUACGCUACUUACAGUGUCACAUAGAAAAUCUCUUUGGCAACAUCACGAGUAUGCAUUGUACUUGGACGGUCGUGGUGGUUAUAGCUUUAAGCCCAUUGAAGAGUAUUCGGAGCAAUUUGGUUCUUAGGGUGUUGUCUAGUCAGUGGAAUUUGGUGAAUGACAUUUGUGAAAAAAUUCAUGUUCGCCUUUUAAUAUAUUAAAGAUAGAUUUUCAAUUG